CUAUAAUUUAUUUUUUAAACCUAAUUAGUCUAUAAUUAUACGAUAAUUGUCAAAUACAAAAGAAAGCGCUACAAUGUCCAAAUUUCUAAAAAUUUUUAGAUCUAAACAAGGGCCCUGAUUCUGGUCAAACAUUCAUAGGCUGUUUGGUUUGCCGGAUCCGCGGAUCAGGGUGACUGGGACGAGGUGGCCUCUUUCCGAGGAUUAAACUACGAUCGUAAGUUCGUAACCAUUUGGUGCCGGACGACGCCAUUGUAUGCCGCAAUCCAAAGGAGUCCCUAGUGUCGGAUUUAGGUUCGGAUGGCUCCGGAAUGGGUUGGUGAUGCAACACGCUAUUAAUUAUCUCGAGUUUGUGAUGCUCUUGUAGCCUCGUCAAGCUCUGGUUAGGCACUUGAUCAGUGGGGGUGAUGCGAUGCACGUUGCAAGACAAAACCACAGCGGAUCGAGAUACUAUCAGAUUCCUCCUACGCCGACAUGUCUCAUCCCUGUCCUCCUUGGUCUCCAGCUAUUUCACCCUGCGGUCAAUAUCGAUGACUCAUCUUCCAAUAGUACAGUAAAACAAGCGAAAUCCAGGUUCUGGAUUAAAACUUUUGAAUUAUAAAACGAAGCCUAGCCUCUAGGUGCGCUAUUUGCAAGGGCAUCAUCUGCUGCAGUGUACCUAUCGCUAGAGACUACAGUAGCAGUAGAGAAAUCCAGCCAGCCAGCACCGAGGGUGGUGUGCAGGGCAGCGGGGCCCCAGGCGUUUGAAGCCCGGCAAUUUAAUCCACGCCGGGCCUUCGGGCCGCCGGUCCCGCCCUGGCACAGGCAGGGAAUCGGCCGGAGGGCGACGAGAGAUCCAUGCCAUGGCUGCUGCAGUGCUGCUGCCUGGCCAGCAUCAGCAUGCAUGGUCGGGUGCUGAUGUGCUCUACAGUUCCCGGCUGUACCCGUCCAACGUGUUCGCACAGUGCCCCCUGGACCAGGACGAAAAGUCCCCCCCCACCCGCGCCCGGCCGGCCGCGGCCCCCCGACGCCAAGCAGAGCAGAGCGCGUACGGUGCCGUCUCUCCUCCAAAAGCAGCGGCAGAGGAGGGCUCCGGGAGCUUAGCAGCCAAGUUCCCGGAACAUAGGGUACGUGGUACGGGAACGUGGUACGCGGUACGACAUUCUCAUAAACUAUGGAACGUAGGGGGUAUAUAGCUUCGUCUCGUUCCUUUAAGUUGCGGAACGCGUUCCACUUUCUAAAGGAACGUGUUUGGGACGUAGUGGUUGGCUCAGAUAGUUUUAUAUGUUGUUUUGAACCAAAUGAGUUCGAUUUCUAGCGUGAUAUAGUUUACUAUUGUAUUUUUGUUUCAUUUAGGGCUGUCCAACUCCAACCUUUUGGCUCAUUGCAUGUGUAGGCGAAUGAGUCAAUCACCAUCUAGAUUUUUCGCCGACCGCUCAUGGACGGGCACGGCGCAGUAUGCACACACACCACGAAGUUCCAUAGUCGCUUGGGACUGACGUUCCUAUAAUUGCUCCUAUAUAUGAUUCGUGUUCCACCGCAUUUGGGAACGAUGUUCCAUGAUGUUCCCGUUCCACGUUUCGGAACGAAGUUCCCGGAACGAGGAACGUACCCAUGUUCCCGUACCCCGGCUGCUAAGUCCGGGAGCAGAACAACAGAGCAGAGAGCUGCUGCGGGGUGGACACUGGACUGGUGGUGGCGCCUACCAUAGGCUAGCAGCUUCUGCAGUCCUGGAGGCCCCGUAACCGUAAACCGUUACUCUCGCGAGCAGUCUGUGUCGCUCGCCAGAUUACUGUUACUACUAAUGUAGUAUUUACUGCUGUGUGUUUCUCACGUGUGGACAGUAGUCUCCCAGAGCAGCUCAUCCCGGCCUCGAGUUUUUGCAGGUGGUGUUGUGGCUUGCUUUUGAGCUCCAGUGUUUUCUUGUUGUACGUGGCGCUCGCGUGACAGUAGCGUCGUCCUAAACUCCUAAUGGUUGGCAUCGGUUCCGUCUUGGGUCUUGGCGGUCGGUCUGGCCUGGUCUACUUGAUCCCUCGCCAUCUGCCAAAACCUUCCAUUUCGAGGGGGGAUUUGGCACAUCGCCCCGCAUGUGUCCAAUGCCGCGGCUCAUUUCGCAACAUGUGGCGGUGUUCCCGGUCCGCCACUGUGCCGGAAAACGACACCUUUCCCUCCUCAGGCCUCACACACAGCGAGCGGAGUAUUACUGCCCCCGUUUACUCGCCAACGCUCCUCCUCCCGCUGCCCGCUCGCUCCCCCCCUCGAAACCCCGCUGCGAAUGCGAAUUCGGUGGUGUGCGUGUGAUGUGAUGUGAUGCGGUGACGCCAUGGCCGUCUGGCCUAUAAUUUCUUCAGUAGCGCUUCAGCUCACGGUUCGCUCCUCCUAUUCCUCCUCCUCCUCCCCGCGAUGGACAGGCUGCAGCGGCAGCGGCAUCGGCAUCGGCAUCGGCAUCGGCAUGAGGACUUGACAGGCGGCGGGAGCGCAGGGGUUCGUGUUCGUCGCGGCGGCGGUGACGGUGACGGUGGCGGUGGCGCGAUGGAGGCGAGCCGGCGCGGGCGGUUCUACCACCACGACGGGCCCGGCGCCGCGUCGGCCGUCCCGGUGGUGGACCAGGCGGACUGCACGGCGCAGACGUGCCGGUCCUGCGUGGCGGUGACGCUGGCGGACGCCAUCGCGCUCGGCUGCUGCCCCUGCGCGGUGGUCAGCCUGCUGGGCCUGGCGUUCGUCAAGGCCCCGCUCGCCCUGGCGCGCCGAUGCCUGCGGCGGCUGCGGCGGCGGCGGGGCGAGCUGCGGCACAAGAAGCGGGUGCGCGACAUGGACGGCCCCGACGCCAAGGCCAAGUGCCGCCGCUCCUGUGACGCCUUCGCCGGCCGCGGCCACGGCGCGAUGGAGCCGCUGGACGACGCCGACGCCGCGUCGAAUGGCGCGUGGUGGGGCUUGGAGGCGGACGCUCGCGGCGAGGCGGCGGCGGUCAUGCGGGCUGCGAGGGCGAGCAACUCGUCGUCGUCGGCGUCAGGCAGGCUCGACGCGGAGAAGGUGUGGAUGGAGAUGUACCGGGUGGGGCACUGGGGCUUCGGCCGCCUGUCCAUCUCCGUGACCCCUCCUCCCCACGGCAACGGCGACGGCGGCAGAAAGGACGUGGACCUGCGGUGCGAGUCGUGACAGGCGAAGCCGUCCGAUACGACGACGACGCCGACUCCGCCGCCGGCGGUCAGCUCCGGGGCAAUGCCGGAAGUCUGGGAAGCAAAAGCAGGUCCACUGACCGUGCACGGUCAAGUCAGAGUACACACAUGGUCCGUGCAUGCAUCGGAGCUCCGAGGAGAAUCCGCUUGGGGAUGCUUUGGAUGGAUGGAGACGACGCGCCAUGAUUGGAGCCGGGCACCGGGAUCGCUGCUUGAUUCGCCCCGCCUUGGCGGCAAGUCGCCGUGUCGCGUGCGCCGCGCAGGCAGCCCCAGCCGGGAACCAGAAACACUUUCAUCAGACUUCAGGGCACAGCGGCAAGCCCGGAGGGCCUUGUGCAGUUUCCGCUCGUGAUCAGCUAGUUUCCAAGUGGCCGUGUUCCUUCCAUUUGUUUUUCCUUUUUCUCUACUUGGUUCUGGAAGAAGCCCGACCUGUAAUUUUUACAAGCUGUACAUAAUUAAUUUGACCGGUCGAGUUCUUCAAUGUUGCUGUAAUUUUUUGGGCGAUCCCUGACUCUCUGUAUAUAAUCCGUACCUGCUUUUGCC